CUUCCUUCCGGUUCCGUCCGGUCGGUCGCGCAUGAGGGCACGCAACGCAAGCGCGACUACGGAUGGCAGAAGUGUUCCUACGGCACUGCGAAGUCCAGCCACCACACACGAGGGGUUUUCAGUCCGCGAACAAACGCGAUCGGAACCACUUCGAAAAUCGAGCAGUCUGUGACUUCAAUGACCUAGUCGCGCGCGCGGACCAAACGAUUAUGCGGUGCGCGGCAAGUGUUUCUCGAAAUUUUAUGUGACAAGAAGUCGUCGAUCCGCAGAAAUCGUUCAUUGCUGACAAUUGUCUCAAGCACGUCUCGGAACGCCACCAUGAAAAAUACAAAAGUGCUGCCGUCGCGCGCUUGCGUUUGUUGCACGAAUAUCAUUUUCUUGGUGUCGGGUUUCGUGUUGAUAUUAUUGGGAGGAUUGUUGUUGGCUGAUAACGAACGAAUUUUAUUGUCGCGUCUGCUAGGAGCUGGUGACAUUUAUCCUGAUCAACCACUCUUCUAUUAUUUGGCUUUCGCUUUAGUCGCAUCAGGAUUUCUUAUCGGACUCCUCGGAUUCUGGGGAGCUUACCUCUAUGAUAAUUGCUGCUUCACAAUCUCCUAUCUUGUGACAGUAAUCUUACUUUUCCUCGGCGAAUGUACCAUCUGUAUCAUUGCGAUGUUCUGGCCUCAAUUGCUGGGAAUCGAUGUAAGGCCAGCACGUUUAAUACGCGCUUUGCAACGUAGUUAUGCUGUGCCUGGCCGUGAGCAAUUCACAGCAGCCCUUGAUCUGGCACAAACAACAUUCUCCUGUUGCGGCAUCAACGGAAGCAACAAUUACGGCACAUCGUGGUGGCGGCUGCAGGAAGUCGGCCGAAGAGAAUUAGUAGUGCCUCUCAGUUGUUGCACCCUGAAUAACGCCAAUGAGACGGACUCCUUCCUCAACCCCGUGCCUGCCAAUCUCACUCUCUGCCAGACUCUGAACCCUGCCGAACAUCAAUACGCCCGACAUACAGUGGGUUGCCUCGAGCACAUUGAGAAAUGGAUGCAGAAUCAGUUGCUGAUUCUUUUAGCUAUCAUAUUAGCCAUUAUGUUCGUCGAAGUCAUUGCGCUUCUCAGCGUGCUGCUUGCUUGCUCGCGAGAGAAGAAGAAAAGUAAAUCGCAAACGUCGACUUUUACCUCUACGCAGACUCUGAGCCCAUUCACGGAAAGUGAUCAUGAUUUCACCAAGUCAUGAAGAUGGCUGGAGGGCGGCGAAGGACGAAAGGCUAUUGACAAGGAUACGAAUACGCGAGAAGCUACGUGCGACGAUUCCAAGUAUAGCGUAAUAGCACCGAGCGGCAAGAGCAUAAUUGAGGAAUGGCGAAACCCUCCCAAGUACACCGAGGAUCUGUUACGAAGCGACCGAGCAUACGAAGAGCGUGCGAUCGACGUUGUGAUCGGUCGUCCUCAGGAUUUUACGAAAAAAUUUCCGCAGCGCUCGCCGCGGCCAUCGAGGGUUAAAAAGGACGAGGCAAACGGCAACGACGACAAGCUGAUCAAGAUCAAAAGACCCCAAGGCGGCGGUACGGUCAGAAGCAUCCCCAUCAAGGAUUACCAAGCUUCAAUCGCGCACAACAUCGGAACACUAAGGCGAUCAGUGGCACCACAGUUACAAUUCGAGUCUCUCGUCUCCGAGCCGGAGAGGAGCGUUUACAUGCCGUCGAAAAGGCGAGUCCCUGUAAUCGGUAACCUCCACCACCGAACCCCAUCUCAGGCCACAUGCACCGCCUCGCAAUUAGAAUAUCAAGGUGACGCUCCGAGGAAGAAGCUAUUCUGCCACUUUUGCGAUAAUCAGCGCGACUGUUACUGCGUUGAUAUCAAUGAAACGGACAAGGAUACCGAGGACAAUCAAUAUUUCAGCAAGAUAGAAGAGCAACGGGACGGCUCCGACGUAGACGAGUAUUUCCGCAGGAGUUCCCGAAGGAGAUUCGAGUCGAAAGAUCGCCGUACCUCGAAACGCAUUCCUCCGCGAGGAAACGCGACCACGAUAGCAGUAACUGACAUGGAGAACGACAAGGCUGCGGCACAGGCGUCUCAGUUAGGGGAAGGUCACGUUGGUCAGAAGAUAUCCGCUUAUGAGCAGAACGCACGGCGUAGCCUGCGUAGUGCAAACCCCAAGUAUCGAUCGGUCUUCGAAGUGAAGGGACACCGGGCUGUUGGCGUACCGUUGGUAGGUAUGCACAACGCCUGCGGCUUACCCGUUGUGGCGACCUGGCAGGACCAUGAGAUUCUAGAGCCUUUGCGUUUAAGCCGCAGGAUAGUGGGUACCUUAGGACCCAUCUACAAAAGUCCUCGCACGCUUCCAAACGUGCGACGACGAAACCAGCCGAAGAGAAAGGCGCCACAGCCGGAUCGCACGAUGAUCAUUGCGAGAGACAUCGAUCGUAACGUCAAAAGAUCUACGAUUAAAUCGGUGGCGCAUUUGGAUGCGAUUAAUGGCGGGUUAUCUAGGAAGAAGCAUCGCCGCUCGUCGUUCACCACGUCGAAAAUGGGAUCGCUAUCCUCGAAGAACUCUUUCAAGAAGAAAACAGCCAGGUCCCCUAAAAGGCAGGGGAUCAAAGUGAGCUCGCUGGUGGAUACUUUCGGCAGGAAAUCUCUUAAAACGAGCGCAAAACGAACGACUCUGUACGCGAAGGACGAUGGGGAGGAGGCUGUUCAAGUUCUCAAAAAUUUAUGUCUGAAUCCUCUGGCGCGCAGCAAUUCGGAAACAGAUAUGAUGUGGUGAAGCUAGAACGCUAAGAUUGACGUGACUUUCUACCCUGCUCUAAUUUAAAUCGAUGAUAUUUUAUGAAGUUAUUUAGAGGACCGAAAAGAAGCGAGCCUACCGAUUGUGCUGCCGUUUGAUGAAUAGAUGCCUUUUCAACGUUUAAUUUGCUUAGUUAUUUUAGUAGUAAAACUAGUAACAUGUGAAAAUAAAAGACAAAGGAAGUCUUUCAUUUUCAAUUUAUUAAUAUCUUAAGUUACAUAAUUUUAACGAUUAUCUUCUACACUUAUAUUCGUUUCACUUCUCGUAUAUUCGUGCAAAUUAAUUAUGCGUGUAAGAACGCAUUCUGUAAAUAUAUGUAUCCAAUAUGUUAUUGAUGUAUUGAAUUUUAUGUUUAAGGUCUUUUUUGUAAUAAAUGAAAUCCUUGCUGCCCUCA